AUGAGGGACAACGCAUCCAAGCUCACGAAAGCGCGAGCAGAUGGAGUGAUUGAAGUCCUUCGCUGUUUUCACUCUGUUUCCAUUGUCAAAGGUAAUGGUAAUCAAUAUUCCAAAUUGCUCCGCAACUCAACGCUCGCUGAAGUAUCGGAAAUGAGUGAUAAGGGUGAUCGUACUCUGACACUCUUGCACUUGCGGAAAACGUUCAGUGAAUGUAUGCGAAUACCUCUCUCAGGAUGUCGAGAUGUUGACCCAAACCGUUUAUUGCCAUUAUUUACGAAGGUCAUGGCCAUGUUCACGCCGGCCGAGUUGAAAGCGGAGUCCAAAGAAAUUCUGAACUUCACUACGUUUCUCUGCAGUGUUUUAGUAAGAGAAGUUAGACAGAGAGCGGCCAGUCAUGGUACCGUCGAAGCGGCAUCUAGCAUUGUUGAUUAUUUACAGCCGUCUUCUUCCCAAAGAGGAUGGCUUCUCCUAAAUUCUAUAUUUUUCUUGAUCUACUGA